AUGAACGUAUAUCCUCAUAAUAGCGACCUCAAGCCGACUUUUGGAGUCACCACCAGCGAUGAUCCUGAUGGAGACACGAGCUAUCUGGUGUGCUCGAUCUGUCUGGGACCGGACCUGGCCCGGGGUAAUCAGAUGGUCGUCUGCUCUGGGUGUGGGGUGGCUGGUCAUCAGUACUGUUACGGAAUCGAUAGAUUGCAUGAUGAGGACACCUGGCUCUGUCGCCUCUGUUAUGCUCUGGAAAAUGGCGACGCCCGCGAGUCUGAUGUUUUGAAUUGCUUUCUUUGUGGUGGUGAUCGGCGAUGCCUUGGUGGAGGCCUGAUGACGUCGGUGAUGGUCCAAGGGGGCAUCCGAUGGCUUCAUGUGAGGUGCGGUAUGUUUGCAUGGAAGUGCCAAACUAUUUCGGAUCUUGAACGAGCCGCUGUGCGCUGGUCUUACUCCGGAUCGGUUGCCUCUGUUUGUGGCAUCUGCGGCAAGGCUGUGGGAGAAACUGUGAAAUGCGGCUCGACGGGAUGCUCUCAGCACUUCCACGUCAGCUGUGCCACACUCAACGCCCUCACGAUUCCGGAGCCAGCGAACCACAACUGGCUUAUCUACUGUCGCAAGCACAUGGCAGAUGUCGAUGCCUUUGGUAUGAUCGAAAAGCUCACUAAAGCUAUCGCCAACUCGCCCUAUGCAGAACAGACGGAGGGUGGCUUCGCAGCUGCCGUCGCCAACAGUGCAGCAGCUCAAAUGGUCGACGAGACUUAUGACCUCUAUCGAAGCGUCGAUGCGGAAGAUCUCUGGCUUGCCUGGAUGGACCCUGGCGAAGCUGUGAAUGAUGCCAAGACUCCCGAAGCAGUCUCGGACCGGCCGUCCAUUCUGACGGCAACACCUCCUAUUAUUGGCCGUGCUGCGAGCUGCCCGAGUGGAGGUACCAACUCGUUGACUCAGGCCUGCGUAAUGUGCUUGCACAGUGAUGGCGAUUUGGUGGACAUACCGGGAGGCCCUGGUGUCCCUACGGGUUGCUCGGCGAGAGUCCAUCUCCGAUGCGCCCAUUGGAUGGGCCUCGCGCCGGUCUUCAACUUCCAUGAUCUUCGCCAGGGAUCCGUCAUACGGCCCCGUAAUUUCCUCCAGUCUUGUCACUAUUGUCACAGCGUUCUCGGUAUAACUAUGAGAUGCUCCAAAUGCAACAGAAGUUUUCAUCCCCAUUGUGCUGCUAAGAAUGGUUGUACUGUGCGACUAGAGGACUACGAGUCGGGCAUUCAGCUAUCUGGCAGAUCUGCGGAGUUAUGGCUUUCGAGAAGGACUGUGAAGGGAGGAUUCGCCGUUUGGGUCGAUUGCGAUGCACAUUAA